UGUGGUUGAAGCUGUCAUCGUAAUGGAAAUUCAUUGCUGUAGCUAUGGUAAAUCGAGUUUUCUGCCUGUGCUGAAUGCAUUAGUCUAAUGAGAUGUUUGCAGCUGGAGAGCUGAGCUGCUGGAGACUUACACUAUGCUAAAAGACAGGGAGAAGAUGGCUUUUGCUGGGAUCUCUGUGACAGUGCUGAAAGUCCUCUGCCCUUUGGGUCCCAGUGUCUGGGCUCUCUAAAGACUCUGCUCAGUGUUUUAGCCUAAGCAAUAGGUGUUUUAAAGCUAACUUUCAGAGAGGACGGAGCACAGGGAUGCAAUGUGUGGGGGCACCUGGCUAACCCUGAUGGUCCCUCCUUAGCUCUCAAGCCCCUGCUGCCAUCCCAGCCUGCAGCCUACUGCUCGCUGACAGACGGUGAAGCCUAGCGUGGUUCAAUGAGCCACCUGCCAUGCCUGGACUCCAGCCUGGCCGCUGAGGAGAUGCAGUCCCCCAGAAUGGUGGGGAGGAAGAGAGGGCGGCCCCCGCUCCAGUCAGCGCCCAUCAAAAUGGCUGUUCACAACCUCUUCCCGGCACCGGCUGGGGCUUUGCCCAUUGUGAAGAUCCCAAAGAAGAGAGGGAGAAAACCUGGACACAAGCUGAAGUCUCGUGUCCUGAUGACUCCCUUAGCAGUCUCUCCACCGAGAAGCACGCCAGAGCCAGAUAUUAGUUCAAUCCCUCAGGAUGCAGCUACAAUACCCAACUCGGACACCCCGCAGUCUCUCACAGUCUGCAUUUAUGUCAACAAACAAGCGAAUCCGGGGCCGUACCUUGACAGAAAAAAGGUGCAGCAGCUGCCAGAGCGCUUUGGGCCAGAGCGGCCAUCGGUGGCCCUGCAGCACGCAGUGCAAGCCUGCAUCGACUGUGCGCUCCAGCAAAAGGUGGUCUUCUCCCUCAUCAGGCAGGGCUAUGGAGGCGAGAUGGUGUCAGUUUCAGCUUCUUUUGAGGGGAAGCAGCAUCUCCAGAGCCUACUGGUAGUGAACAGCAUUGGAUAUGUCCUGCGCUUCCUGAAGAAGCUGUGUCGCAGCCUCUUGUGUGACAAUCUCUUCAGCAACCAGCCUUUCCAGCAGUACAACGCUGUGAUGGAAAGCCCGGAGGUGUAUGAAAACAGACAGGUGGAGGCAGAAACAGUUAUACCUGAGGACUACCUGGUUGAUCCUGCAAACUGGAAGCAGUACAGCCUGGAUCCUGCCAAUGCUGCCUUCGGUUGCAUGGGUUCCAUGUACACUGUGCAUCAGAGUCCUGCAGAUGGACAUCCUGCUGGAGGCUCCUCUUCCUCCUGUAGCCAUCAUCCUGCUCAAAUGUCUUCAGGGGGGUCCUCAUCUACUGGCUUGCGGCAUCAGAAUUCCAGCCCAACAAGGAAUGGGGCCUGUCUUGAAGGAAAUAGAAGUGCCUCGAGUCCUUCACCAGAACAACAAGAUGCAGCUCGACCAUCAAGCAAGAAUCCUUUGACCUGGACGGUGGAUGAUGUGGUUUGGUUUGUGAAGGAUGCAGACCCCCACGCUUUAGGUCCCCACGUGGAGCUCUUCAGAAAACACGAGAUUGAUGGCAAUGCUUUGUUACUUCUGAAAAGCGACAUGAUCAUGAAAUACCUAGGGCUGAAACUGGGACCUGCGCUGAAACUGUGUUACCACAUUGAUAAGCUCAAUCAAGCCAAGUUCUAACAAUUUCUUGAACAACAGAAUCUGAGCUAAAUCUAGACGGAAAACUAAAGGUAACAUAUUGCCUUACAGAAAUGCAUUCCUUUGCAGAUUGCUUUUCCCUUUUUUUUAACAAAGACUUGGUCUUUUUUAACAUUUGUGCAUUGUCACCUGUUUUUAAUCCAAUGGGAUCUUUUGUGCUGCUUUGUGUUAAUAAUAUGCCAAAAAUUAUAUAAUUACAAUAAUUAUUUUGUAUCAUCAAUAUUAUUAUGAUUAUAGUAAGUCCUAUUUUUGUAAUCAGAAGUGGAAAAUCAAAACCAAACAUCGUUACAGCAUAUGCUGAGGACUGCCAAAAGACAAAUGAAAUGUUCCUCACUUGCCAUAGUUCCACCUCGGAGGAGUAACCGCUGACCUGCAUCGGCUGGGCACCAGCUACACUGUCCUUGCUCGAGGACUGAAAAAGUGCAGCAUUUGGUCACCUACUGUCUGAUGGGAACUGUCUUGCACUAUCUGGAAAACUUGAAUUAUUCACUUUAAAAAAAAUUUUUUAAAAAUUUAAAAAAAUAAAAAGAGAAAAAAGACAGAAAAGAGAGUUUAAAAAAAAAAUUAAGAAAGAAAGAAAAUAGCGGGGGAAAGUUUUUUUUCCCAGCUAGGGUAAUUUUCCCCGCUAGAGGGAGCAGCCCUAGCAAACUUGUGGCUGGAGCUAUGAUGCCGUUCUGUCUGAUGAGCUUUGACCACCAUGACUCAAAGCGAGCACAUCCGUAAGUACCGCCCAGGAAUCACAGACUCCCAGCAGGACAAGCGCGUUACCAUUUACAGAUAAUUAAUUCAAGAAAAGCCCAAAUGCAGAGAGUGUUUCUGACAGGAUGUUUCCCGUUACACCAAACAGGGGGUGGACAGCUCCCACGGUGUCUGGCAUGCACAGCUGUCAGCUCCCUUCCCCGAGCCGUUACAAUCUGGCACACAGUUUGUGGCACUCUAAGAAAAAAAUUCUGGGCAGCAUUUCUGGGUUUUCGUUUGCACCGUGAAAAAGAGAGGGAGCCGGGUGGGAGUGUUCCUCAUGAGGACCUGAGCACAUCUCUGCAUUUUGCAAUAAUGGUCAGGUCCAGCACAGAUGUUGUAGGGUUGGUUUCUGAUUGCACCGUGGUUUUCAGUACACAGAUAGGUGUGCUGGACUUUAUGUCUCAAGUGAAUUAAAAAUUCACUUCUGCCUCUUACACAAAUCUAAAAGGUGCCCAUUGAUACUCCAUGUAGUCAGGGGAGGAUUACUUCCUCAAGCUGAGGAAGUAAUCUGUGGAAUGGGUAUGUUCUUGUUUUCAUCUAAAAGAAGGACUACAAGGGGACACGUCCAUAUAGUUUAAACCCUUAGUGCAUGACAAGGACAGGCAGCAAGCGUUUUUAAGUCAUGCAGGUGAUUUUAGAGCUAGUUGGCUCAGCUGACUUGAGAAAUGGGGUCCUGAUAAUACACAAGACAUCAUGCUAUUCGACCCUGUUUAUGUAGAAAAGAAUGUUACCAAAAAUACCUCCUGGAAUAAAAUUCAACUUGAUGCAUGUUGCUAGUCUAGAACUCCUACCCAUUCAAGGCCUAAUCCUGAAAAUCCUUAAAAAUAGGAGAAACCGCAUCCUAUAAGACUUUCACUAAAUUCUUGGGGACUACUCCCCCCAAUAAAAGAAGUUGUCAUAAGUUCGCAGGAUUGUGUCUUUACAGGACUGAUCAGCUUUCAGCAAAUCCUGUCUGCAUGCCAAAACACUCUUAAUAGGGAUAGCUGAACAAUUGUGUUAAUUGAAAAGUCAUAUACUGUUGAGUUAUGUAAUAUAUGGAACCCUAAAUGUGCCAAUGAUUGGAACACAACACUCAUCCAACACAACAUCAUUUUGUGUUUGUGGUAUAAAGAAUGCAAAUUCAGUCAGCUGUCUGGUUGAGGCAGAGGUGACUUUUCUUCAACAUCAAACUUGUACAGUUGAUUCUUCACUCUUACAUUUUUUAAAAAAAUUGAGGGUUUUCCCAAAAAGAUUCCCAAAAUAUGUAAAAAUCUUGCUGUAUUAGCAAUAUCACCUUCAGAGAGUCCUCACACAAUCUUUUUCUUUUUAUUUCCCUGCAAUUUUGAACUUAGUUAACCUCUGUGCUUUUUCAAAAGGUGAUUUUAAUUCCCCCACUUUAAACCCCAUCUUACUGUAAUAUAUCAAUAGUCAGGGCUGGUUAGACUUUAUCAGAUGGCUUCAGUGCUGGAAAAUCCCACUUUGUCAAAAUCAAAACUCUUCAUAAAAGCAUGUCACUUUCUAACAUUAAAUUCUAUUCAACUGAAACUACAGCUUUCAGUAAUGUCAAAACAUCAUUUUGACAUUUUGGAAGUAGAACAUUUGUGUUCGAAGAAGAUUUUUGCAUUUUUUUGUCUUUUCCUGGAGAAUCUGUAGCCUCACAUUUCAUUCUGAGAGCGGGAAAAAAAAGCCAUCUCAGAACCAGGCUUCUGUGAAUAAGAAUCCUUCCCAUUCUGUUCUGUGUCUCACCCCUUCCUUCCAUCCCCGCACCCACCUCCAGACAUUACAGCCAAGAGGGCUGAUAAUACCAAUGCAGUAUUAAUAGACUCCGUGGUGGUAAUGAUGUUCAUACAUAUGAUUCAAUAUGCUGAAAUAGUUUUAUGUAUGUAUCUGAUGUGUACAGUCAGUGGUGCUAUCUCAUUCGAUAUGACACCUGUAGGUAUGUCAGGACUGCCCAGGCCAUGAGAUUUAGUGUUCUGUUUUUCACAGGGGAGGCAGUAAGAGGAUUCAUUUUACGUGUAAGUAAUGCUUGUAACAAGAAUUCCUCUUUGUAUGGUGGUUUGGUUUUUUGGCUUUUUUUUCACUGAGAGGCAAUUAGGAGACACACAUUACUGCAGUAAUAUUGCAAUUGUAAAUAAUUUUUCUCUUUCAAGUCUUAUUAGUGAAGGUAGUUAAGCAGCUCUGCUGUGCUGAGGGUGUCAGGCCUUUUCCUCAGAACAGGCGCUGAAGAACCAGAACAUGCAUGUCAGCUGCUUCUCCAUUGACUGCUGCUCUAGACACCACUUGUACAAAUUACUUCACUUGCUAUUCCUUUUCCAGCUCUUGCUUCAGGCUGUAGCCAACCCAGUUGUUCCCAACAGGUGGGUGGAUGUGUGAUACCUUUAAAAGCAACACAUGUGCCUCUUUUUUACUUCUAAGCACUCAUAGCUGGAUCAAAAGACACUUCGGUUGCUUCAGGCAGCUUCAAUUGUUUGUGAGCAUUCACUGUUUUUAAAAAUAAAGAAGCAAGCAGGCAAAGUCCAAGGAUUUGGGGACCACUUCUCCCUUGCUGAAAUGACAGUUACAAACUGUUGGGAGCACAGAGACAGUCCUCCCUGGCAGACCAUCUUCUUGCAUCUAGCAUGGCUGACCAGCUCAGCAUCCGCUGCCAACAUAGGCCACCCACAUUGCUUUCCCAUCCACCUGACAUCACAGUCUCUUCUCUUGCACCAGCAAAUGCCUCCUUUCCUAGCCAGACGUAAUUGAGUUUCAAGAAAUGCCUCUGGGAAUACCUCCACUUCUCAGAGCCCACUGUCUUGCUUGGCAGGCUGAGGAGUGCAGUAGCCUUUGCAGCAUUAGCAGCUUCACACAGUGUGAUUAAUGCAGGCAGGCACCCUUGGGACUGGCAGGUAAAGCAUCACCCUGGGCUGUUAUUAUCCUUAAUGAUUGCUGAAUUUCUAUAGGUUGUCAGCAGUCUUCAUGAGUAACACUUCCUUCCUUCUUAAAGAAUGGAUGGCUGCAAGAGAUUAAAUAGAGCAUUAUUAGCAAAACCAGCAAUUAGCAAAACAACAAGAAAAUGGCUGAUGAAGUUUCUGUGUUGGAUCAGCAACAGGAGCACACACCAUCCUCCAAAGCCCAGCCAUGACUGCAGCAGUUAUGGAUGGCCUUUCCUCUUGCCCUGGCACAGCCACCCUGUGGUCCCUUCCUGCCCAUGGGGUGCAGCACCCUCCCAUCCCUCGCUGUGCAGUCUGGGGGAUGCGCAAGCUCAGGGAGGAAUCUGUCGGCUCUUACCUCCCCAAAACAUACCCAAAACCUUCAGUUAAUUAGUUAGUGCCUUCUCUCUCUUUUCAUUUGAAUGGUUUCUAUUUGAAAAAAGACAACAAGAGGGUGAUUCCCCAGGUCCUUCCAGGAAUGACCCCUCAGCUCACCACGUGAAGGAGCAUCUCCAGGGUCAGACAUCCACCCGGGUACAACUGGUCCUCUGUUGGCACAGGAGAGGGAGGCAAGAAUAAAAUGCCCCCUUUUAAUUAAAAUUAAAUGCUUUUCAGGCACUUCCCCUCUCUGAAAUGCAGCCUCCCUCCCCAGAGCCAGUUGGUUGGCUCUUCCCCAAGCAUCAAGGAGGGAGGCAGAGAAGGUGCCCAAAAGGACUGCCUGCUGCUGGUUCAUUCCAGCAAGGCAGGAGGUAUGGAAGGACCAAAACCAGCUGCUACCCUGGUUUGAAACUGGUUUUGCUGGAAAGAGGUCUUGUGCCCUGGGAUUUGGUCUGAGGGGUUUUGCUGUCCCAGAUUCAAACACCUUUGUCAGAGAAAGCAGGCGAGUUCUUGCACACAUUGCCUCAUACCUUGCAGUAUUUGCAUGCUGUUCUCCAAUCCGUGCUCCCUUCACGGGCAGUUGGAAAUCGAUUCCCUUGGAAAUCUAGAAUUUUGCUCAAAAAAAAAUCAUUUUUAUUCACUGCCAGGAGUUAAACAUUAUGGAAACAUGUCUGCUAACAAUUUGUUUUGCGUAAUUUGUACUAAUGCUAAUAAGCAACAGCUGCAGUACUUCCUGUUGUAAAUUCUUUUGUGGUUGCAGUGGAAUUAUCACAUCUGUACUUCACAAAUCUGAUAGAUUCGAGCACAGCUCUCUCAUUCUGGCCCCAGCUCCAGCAAAUCCCUGUGCCUCAGAAGUACGGCUACACAAACAAGUAUUUAUAAUCUCUGUCUCCCUUUGCUCCCAAAGCCUCCACUCCUCACAAGUACCUGGAGCAAGAGGGAUUGGAGGAGUGGAGAGAAGGAAGAGAUGUGGUAGCCUGGGGGUCAGCCAGUGCAUAUAUAGUGUGGUUGAAGUGGAUUGUUUUCAGCAGAGACAUCGCUGACCAGCCAGGUUUAUUGCAGUUCAAGCAGACAGGUUUUGGUCAAAGGCUAAGUACAGGAGAAAAGUGAUUUAUUAAAGAAAAAGAAAGAAAUAUGGGUGUGCAAUAUACUGCCACCAUAAGACUUAAGCAGAAACCCAAGAAUCUUUCAACUGUAAUCUAAAGAAAAAUGUUUCCCUCACUCAAGAUGCUAAAUAAAGCAUAUUAGGCCAAACCCAGAUCCCACUGAGGUCCGUCCACAUAAGUUAUUCUAUUGAAUUCAUAAGACUGGGGUUUGGCUCAUAAACCAGGUCAAGCUUCAGCCAUGUCUCAUAGUAACUAGAGCCUAACAAGGUAUUUCAUCCUCCCUUACAAAGGGUGGAGACAGCCUCCGCUGGCCAGCCCACUCUCCCCUGCUCCCAGGAGAGCUGCUAGCUUCCUGGUAGAGAGUUCUUCCAGCUGCACCUCUACCUGAUCCCAACACCUUCUCCAGUUAGCUUUGCAUUUUAGCUAAGAGUUUCAUAGAGGGUGGUUUGAGUUUUCCGCAUUGGAGCAAACCAAAGCCUGUGCCCUGAGGAUUUCAGCCGUGCCACUAGGCAGAAACUCGCCCUGAUUUGAACAUGACUUCACUGGGAGAUUUCCACACAUUCCUGAGGCAAAGCCUGAGGUGGGAUUUAAAAAUAAAACUUUUCAAAAUGGGUCUCGGUGACCCACAAUUUUUGGCUCCUUCAGCAUCCAAGGCACUUCAUCACACUUCAAACAGUUGAGUCUCUUGGUAGUGCCAUAAUCUGACAGGGCUUCAGAAGAGACUCCAUCUCUGACUACAGAGUCUUGCUCCUAUUGGUCUAUGGGCAGCUGCCAAAAAGACACAUUUGAGGCCGGACCGGAGAAUGAGUGUGUGCAUGUUGCUCAGAGAGGCUUGUCUCGCUGCACAGACAGGCUGUGAAGUGAGUGAAAUAAUAGCAUGGUAAAGCAGCUAGGAAGGAUGUCCCUCAAAAAUGGGAAAGUCCCAGGCUUCACUGGAGUUCCACAGAGUUUGUGCCCUGUCGCCAGGUCUGUAUUGAACUUGCUCUGCAUAGCACAGUACAUGUUUAUUACCCAUAGUCUUCCAUUAGUGCUAUAUAAAACUGAGAUCAUGCUGCCCUUUUUGAACAUAAAAUACAUGCAACCAACUUCAUAUUGUCAGAUACCUACAAAAGAGUGGUGAAUGGGAAAAACCUGUGUACAAGAAUGAGGACAUUUCGGAGUGGAGCAGUUUCACAGCUUUCAGCAUCUUUCAGUUGCAACACAGAAGGAGAGAAAAAGAACUUCUGAAUUGCAGUGAAUCCAAGCCAGUGAAAGAACAGUGAUUAAUUUUAUCCCUCACUUUGAUGGUUUCCUGAUGUGUAAUGUGUUUUAUGGCCCUGUAUUUGCUGUAGUGGCAGUAUGGUGAAUUGAUCCACAUGUACAGGUUCCACUCUGUAACAAAUGUGGAUAGAGCCUUCCCAAAUCUUCGUUCGCAAAGCCCAGCCAUGAGUGAGUGACAGGUUCCACUGUCUCUAAAAACUAUCUGUCUUCUUCAUGGCUUUUCUAAUCUGCUGUAGCAUCCAGAAAGCUUCUGAUCAGCUUGGUAAGAGUGAGUAUUUAAAGAAAAACAUAUUUUCAUUUCUUUUCUUUUUUUUUUUCUUGUGACACAAAAACUUUAGAAAGCAGCUGUAGCCACAGCUGUGUAGCAGGUCAACAUACACCAGCUUUUCAUUUUAUGCCUCUCAGAAACUUUGUAGUAAAAAAAUCUGUUGCUUACGCAGUCUAUAUGCUUACAAGAAACCAACUUAAAUUCCAGUCUUCCAUUGACCUUGUAAAUGGAAGUGUUAAAUAUAGUAGAAUUAUUUACUCUGUAAAUUUAGUAGAGUUAUUCUGCUUUUUUACUAGUGUAAAUGAGAUCAGUAUCUCAUUUAAUAGAUCUCUCCUCUGACAAUACUAGGAGUUUAAAUGCAAGCUGUUCUGGCUGCUGUUAUCAAAACUCACUAUCAGUAUUUGUGUCACAACAACGUGUAGGGAUCGUGUCUAGUGCUGUGCAGUCAUACUAUGAGACGCUCAGCCUGCCUUAGAGAGCUGGCAGCUUGAUAAGGCAAAAGAGACAACCUAAGGAGAAGAGUUUCCUAGAGGCAAUUUUCCCUCCCUAUUGCAGACAAAUGCUGAAAACAGACAGAAGUCAAUGGCAUAAAUUUCCCACAGUCAUGUGAGUGGAAAAUAGCAGAACACUGAGAAAAAUGAAGGAAAACUUCAAUGAAGGUGAACAGUAUUGCCGCCUUCUGUUAAACCUCCACUGUUAAACCUGACGAUUGGUGAAGCCAGGAGCCUGAACCGAGACCUUCUGGUCAAAUCUAGUGCCUUACCCAUAAGACCAUCUGCUCUCCUGUAUUCCAGCUUUUCUCUGUGCUCUCCGCAUCUGACUUACUCCUCACACAGCCCUUACUUGCACCUACCUUAUGCACCUGAAAAAUAGCACCCAAAUGGGCCUUUUAAGGUUAAUUAGUCCUUCACCCUGCCCUCACUCUUCUCUAUCUCAGUCUUCCUCUGCUAUCUAGUCUUUUCCCUGGAACUUCCUAUCCCUUUCCAUUCCUAUCCUCCCACUGUAGUUACUUCCAUUUUUUGUCCUCUGUUCCAUUCUUGCAGCAUAGCUUCCUUUCCUUCCUUUCCAUCUUUCAGUAAACGUGGACGUCACCUUCACCCCUGCUGCAACUCCCUCUCUACCUUUUGGCUUUUCUCUGCUCUUUCAUUUCCCUUCUCUCUAGUUUUCUGCAACACUUUCUUUUCUUUCAAUCAAGUGCCCUUCACAGGCAAGUCUUGUACCUGUUCUGCUGUGACAAAGACUACCAUUCACUGACAUCUUUAAAUAAGGUUGUCUGUAUAUUUUUGACAUAUUUUUUAUCUCACACAAAAACCCUUCCACUGCCUUCAUU